CAGCUGGGCUGGAGCCAAGCCCGGCCCCGUGGCCGUCCAGCCCAGCCUGAGCCUGGCAGGAGAGGACAGCAGAGGAGGGUCGUGCCCUGGCCCAGCAUAAAAAGCCCUCGGUGGGGACGGGGAGCAGGCGCACCCCAGGAAGGGCCCAGAGCAGCGCUGCCGGAGCCGUGGGAGCAGGGCCAUGGAGCAGUACUUCUCGGCCACCCAGAAGAUGGAGCAGGAGGUGAUGUUCCCCAGCCUGCUCCGAGGGGUCUUCCCAGAGCAGGACGGGGCAGCCCCGGCCACGGGCAGCCGCACAGACCUCUACGAGCGCUACCAGCUCCUCAAGGCCAUCAAGCCCAUGGUGGAGAAAGGCCUGGCCUGUGUCACUGACCAGAGCCCGACCAGCGCCCAUGCUGACACGGAGACGUGCUCGGACCACCACGGUGCCAUGGAUGCCCAGCUGGAGGAGCGCCUGUCCCACCACCUGGCUGGCUUGCAGCAGGUCCUCACCCACCUCACCAGGGACACCAACGCCCUCACCCGGAGGUACAGCCAGAUCCUGGAGCAGAUCACCCCCAGCGAGGGACAGCCCAGCUGGUGACCCUGCCCCGCGCGCCAGGAUGGAUGCUGGUGGCACGAAGACGUCCCCAUCGCUGAUCAUCGUGGGCUCUUCCCCAGCACUGAUCGCCCACCCGGCACUGCGGCAUGGGACCUCCCAGCGCUCGCACCGCACGCUGGCCAUGGUUGGGACCACUGGAGAACCAGAUGCUGCCUUAUCCUCAUAGGAAGAAGCACCUGGUCACACUGGGAGGUCCGUCAGAAGAGCCACACACCCCGUGCCCUCCUCUUUAUUUUCAAAGAGCAGCACGAAUGUGCGGCGUUGCAUGGUGGCCCCGACGUCCGACGCUCCCCUGUGACUGCCAAGCCCUUUUCCAGCUGGUACCUGGACUCCAAGGGUGUUUUCCCCAAUUUUUGUAAUAAAAGGAUCCCUGUGAAGCUGUUGUCAGUGUGGUGCUUUCCCCUGCCUGA